AUGAUUUUUCCUAGCUCUCUAAUCUAUCUAUCUAUCUAUCUAUCUAUCUAUCUAUCUAUCUAUCUAUCUGUCGUGGUUGCUCCUAUCUAUCUAUCUAUCUAUCUAUCUAUCUAUCUAUCUAUCUAUCUAUCUCAAUCCCUUUUGGUUAUUCCUAUCUAUUUAUCUAUCUUUCUAUCUAUCUGUCUUUUCUAUCUAUCUGGGCCAGUCUGUCACCUUUAUCAAUUUUUUCUUUCUAUCUUUGUCUAUUCAUAUCUAUCUAUCUAUCUAUCUAUCUAUCUAUCUAUCUAUCUAUCUAUCUAUCUAUCAGCGCUAAAAUUGCUAUUACGGCAACCAUUUUUGUCUCCUUUUUUUCUUUUCUUUUGUUCUCUCUUCGGUCAUCUUUAUUCAGUUGAGGAAGAUGGCAAAAAGCUCUACCUCCUCCUCCCCCACCCUGCCCACACCUCUCUCUCUCUCUCCCUCUCUCUCACGCACACACACACGCACACACACAUCCACUCAAUCACAGACACGUUCCUACUGAACUACGGAAUCAAAACGCAGACAUUUAGUUUCGUUCGGACACUAUCUAUCUAUAUCAAUCUGUUCAUAUCUAUCUAUCUAUCUAUCUAUCUAUCUGUCUGUCUGUCUGUCUAUCUAUCUAUCUAUCUCAGUAUAUAUUGGUUUGGUUUGUUUUACGGCAUAUCAACUUCAAUGGGUUAUUUAAUGCCGACAAUUUUUAUUGCUGGUAAUAUUUUUAUCUAUCUAUCUAUCUAUCUAUCUAUCUAUCUGUCUGUCUGUCUGUCUAUCUAUCUAUGUAUCUAUCUAUCUCAGUAUAUAUUGGUUUAUUUUACGGCAUAUCAAUCUCAAUGGGUUAUUUAA